AUGAUCCUCUAUAGUGUAGGCGCCACCAUCGCUGUAUAUGCGACAUGGCAAGCCCUUUCGAUCCUAUGGGAACGCGCACGCUCCCCUCUGCGGAAGCUGCAAGGUCCGGCGAGCCCGAGCUGGCUCCUCGGCAACUUAGCCCAGUUAUUCGCAGAUGAUCCAGGAUCUGUGCAAGCCAGCUGGCUACAGCAGUACGGAACGACCUUCAAGAUCAGCGGGUUCUUCAACGUAAGCGGACGGGACCGACUUUGUACAGCGGAUCCCCGCGCACUUAACCACGUCCUGACCCACUCCGCGGACUACCAGAAACCAGCAUUUGCGCGCUAUAACCUCAGCCGAAUCCUCGGCGAGGGCCUGCUCGUGGCUGAAGGCGAGGCUCACCGUCGUCAGCGGCGUGUCAUGAAUCCCGCGUUCGGACCUGCGCAGAUUCGUGACCUCACCGUCAUCUUUCUUGAAAAGGCAACGCAACUGAGGGAUGCGUGGCUGACCGAGGUGCAAAGCGCCAGCAGCGAAAAGCCUGUGAGGCUAGAUGCCCUCUCAUGGCUCAACCGAGCGACGUUGGACAUCAUCGGGCUCGCGGGAUUCAAUUACCAGUUCAACUCCCUUGACGGCGGGAAAACCAACGAGCUCAACCAGGCAAUGACCACCAUGCUCAAGGCGACGGGUGGCACACGACUCUGGACGAUCCUUCAAGCUCGCAUUCCACCUCUGCGCUGGGUGGUCGGUCAUCGUACAGCACGGGAUCGACACGUGGAAUUUUCCCAGAAUACGAUGAAGCGCAUUGGCUAUGGUCUCAUAUCCGAAAGGAAAGCAGCACUUCGCGCCGAGAAGCAAGGUGCAUAUAUUGAGAAAAGCGACGUGCAAGGACGGGAUCUGCUUAGCCUCCUCGUCAAGGCCAAUAUGGCGGUCGACGUACCGGAAGAUCAGCGCCUUAGCGACCAUGAAAUCCUCUCCCAAAUACCAACUUUCAUGGUCGCCGGCCACGAAACGACGUCCACCGGCACGUCUUGGGUGCUUUUCUCGCUGACCCAGGCCCAGAAUGUGCAACAGAAGCUACGUGAGGAGCUUCUCUCUGUUCCUACGGACACACCCUCUAUGGACGAGCUGGACGUUCUACCAUAUCUGGAUGCCGUGAUACGAGAGGCCAUGCGCAUACACGCGCCUGUGGGGGUGACAACGAGGGUAGCGAUGAAAGACGAUGUGAUUCCGGUAAAGGAGCCUUAUGUGGACAAGUAUGGAAAUAUGCAUUGCGAAAUUCGAGUCAACAGGGGUGAUUUCAUCCAUAUUCCUAUCGCAGGUAUCAAUCACGCCAGCCAUAUAUGGGGCAAUGAUGCCCAUGAAUUCAAACCGGAGCGAUGGUUGGAGCCAGGAACGAUGCCAGAAGCCUUUUCACAUAAUCCUGGUGUGUGGGGACACAUGCUCACCUUCCUUGGUGGUCCGCGAGCCUGCAUCGGAUAUCGUUUCUCUCUUGUUGAGAUGAAAGCAAUUCUGUUCGUUCUCGUUCGCGCAUUCGAGUUCACACUCGCUGUGCCCGCAAAGGAAAUCUCGAAGAAGUCUGCUGUGGUAACACGACCGACAGUCAAAGGCGAACCUGAGAACGGCAACCAGCUCCCUGUGUUCAUCAAGCCUUACGCUCCCGACACUAGGGUGUGA